GAGGGUGAUGUGUCAUGUCCCGCGAGACGGAGAGAGAGGGAGAAGGGAGUUUCAUCUCUUGCUGCUGCUAUUCCCUUCUCGGAAAUCGUAAUUGAGUUGAUAACCAUAUUUGUAUCAUGCGCACUCUCUCAUUACCAUGUCUCUCUUCCUCUCUUCACACUCACAACUUCUCUCCCCCUUCGUCUUCUCUUAUCUUCACAUCCCACAGACGCUUUCACUUCCUCACCCCAUGCUCAUCCCUUAGACAGACCAAAAAGCAACAGCAACAGCAACAGCAGCAACUCACCAAGAUCAACACUGCCCCAUCUGGCUUCAAGCGCUUAUUCAGUCCCAAGCCCGAUGAUGAUGAUGAUGAUGAUGAUGAUGAUGAUGAUGAUGACGACGGCGACAAGAAACAACCAGACUCCGACACUGGCACCGCUUUGAAGGGUACUCUUUUGGCCGGUGUUUUGCUCCUUGGUUUUGUCGGGGGUUUUGCUGCCGUUGGCUAUAUCUACAGGGACCCCAUCAAUUCCUUCUUGAAUCAGCUCUCCCUCUUCAUAGAAGGUUAUGGUCCAACUGGAUAUGCCAUAUUUGUAGCUGUUUAUGCUGGAUUGGAGAUCCUUGCAAUUCCUGCCAUCCCUUUAACCAUGUCAGCUGGACUUCUUUUUGGAUCUGUUACAGGCACUGUCAUAGUCUCUAUUAGUGGAACGGUGGCAGCAAGUGUUGCGUUUCUAAUUGCAAGAUAUUUUGCUCGUGAGCGUAUUCUAAAACUAGUGGAAGGAAAUAAGAAGUUUCUUGCGGUAGACAAAGCAAUUGGAGAAAAUGGCUUCAAGGUUGUGACCCUGCUUCGUUUGAGCCCUUUGCUGCCAUUUUCUUUGGGGAAUUAUUUGUAUGGAUUGACAUCUGUUAAGUUUCUUCCAUAUGUAUUGGGAAGUUGGUUGGGGAUGCUUCCAGGAACUUGGGCUUAUGUUAGUGCUGGUGCUUUUGGAAGAGCAAUAAUUCAAGAAGAGUCUGAACUUAAAGUAUUAGGAGGAAACAGUCAGCUGCUGACACUUGGGCUGGGACUGUUGGUCACUGCAUUAGCUGCUACAUAUGUCACACGACUUGCGAAGGAUGCUAUUAAAGAUAUCGAAUAGACUUAAGACAUUGAAUAGAUCCAUUAGACAGUAGAGACAACCCAGCAUUUGCGAUUGAAGGCAAGUCCAUAUGACUGGAUGGGGAAACUGAUAUCUCAGUAAAUAAAUAUCAACCAUGAUGGAUGAAAGAGAACCAAGGAAAAUGAUAGACCAGCAAGUCCCUUGUAGAUUGCGAUAUUCUUAGUAGUGGAAGUCAAGGUAGGAUCGUUCCUUUUGCAUAGCUUUCUUACAGUGUACGAACAUUUUACCUCGUCUUUUAAAAAGCACUAGUUUCUUAACAGGCAUCGAGGGAAAAUUAACUUUUUAUUUAACGUUCACCGAAAUUUUUGCCUUGCGCUUACUCA